GCGUUCAUCCGACUAGGUUACAAGUACCAGAUGAAUGAUCUACGCCGCCGCGGUCUUGGUUGUCUGAAAGCCCAUCUCGAGCCGAGGACCGAACCUUGGUUUUUCGACUGUGUUCUAGCUCCUCGGCUCAAACCUGCAUACGCACCCUGUAUAGUGAACGUUGCGCGUCUCACCGGGGAGCUGUCUCUUCUCCCCUACACGAUGAUGCUAUGCUCGAAAUCCGUCAAUCCCGAUUACACAGGUGCAUACACGUACAGUGACGGCAAAGUAGAGGAGAUCAAUGCAGGAGACAGGAUUCUUUGUCUUCAAGCGACGCCGAAGCUUGUGCUCACCACGAUGUCCGCCGUGGCCGCGGUGGUCCUGCCC